AUGAAUAUGGGUAGCAGCUCAAUGGCUAUGGAUAUGUCAAUGCCAAGCAGCAGCAGCAGCAGCAGUACUAGUAGUACAAUGUCAUCAAUGGUGAUGUCCUCAAUUUCAAGUACUGCUUCAAUGGUUAUGUCUACAAUGAGUAUGGCUUCAAGUUCUUCAAUUACAUCUGCGUCAUCUUCUUCUAUGGAUAUGUCACAUAGUCAUGGUUCUUCAAGCAUGGAUAUGUCUAAUUCUACUUCGUCUUCUAGUAUGAAUAUGGAAAUGGAAAUGGGUAUGAAUUCUUAUUUGACAAGAAAAUAUAAGGAUUAUCCUGUCUUAUUUGAAAAAUUAUAUGCUAAGGAUAAAAAAGGUGCAUUUGGUAUAUUUGUAUUAAUCCUUGCAGCCUGUUUUGUCUAUAAAUUUAUCUUAUUUGUCAGUUGGUGCUUAGAAGUUCAUUGGUUCAAGAAAUGGAAUAAAUCUAAGAAAUUUAACAAGAAUGAUUUAAAUAAUGAUAAGAACAUUGAAGAUUAUGAUGAUGAACGCACUGAAACAGAAUAUACUGAAACAGGUGGUCAAUUGGUAGCAUUACCAAAAUUACCUAAUUUAAUGUAUGAUAUCUUUGCACCAUCAUGGAAGGAUAUGUUUCAUGAUAUUGUUAGAAUCUUAUUAAUUUUCACCUCAACAAUGUUAAUUUAUAUGUUAAUGUUAGUUGUUAUGACUUUUGUUUUAACUUAUGUCUUUGCUGUUAUUAUUGGUUUAACAUUAUCUGAAGUAUUUUUCAAUAGAUGUAAAAUUAGUACAUUGAGAAGAUGGAAUAUUCAACGUGAAAUUAAAAAAGCAAUGAAUUGUCCAGGUGCUGCAAAUUGUAAAUGUGGUAGACAUGUGCAACAAGAACAAAAAAAUUCAUUUGAUUCAAGAGAUUCUUAUGAUCCUGUAACUAAAUAUAAUGAAAAGGAUUCAACUAAUGAAUCUACUCAGGAUAAUAACAACAAUCAAAAUGGUAAUAAAAAUAAAUGUGUCUGUGAACCUGAUAUUCAUGAUCAGGAUAGACAGAUCGAAAGAAGUAUGCUUGAAUCUGCAAGACAACAAGAACAAAGUAACGAUAUGGAUACUAAUUUGCUACCUGCAGAGAAAUUUGCUUAA